AUGGCAGUAUCGGAUAUUAAGGUUGCUGAUUUUCAAGGUUCCAUAUCCAAAGGUUCAGCAGAGGACUUUGACCAUAGAUGUGAACCAUGUUUGGCGAUUGGUCAGCAAAUAGAAGCUCAUGGAUUUUGUGUGGACUGUCAAGAAUACCUGUGUAAGAACUGCUUUGCUUAUCAUCGAAGAACGAAGGCCUCAAAACAUCAUCAGUUGGUAAACACAGAUAAUAUGGAUAAACAUGCUAUUAUCAAGAAUGAGUCAGACGAAUGCAAUGAGAAGUGUCAGGUGCACAAAAAGGAAGUGAUUAAAUUUUUCUGCCCAAAACACGAAGCUCUCGGCUGCAACGAUUGUAUUGUCCUGAAUCACAGAGCAUGUAACAUUGACUAUAUACCUGAUAAAUGUGCAGGUAUUGGGGACAGUGCAGAGUACGGAGAGUUACUAAGGGAACUUGAUCAGAAAGUGAAUGAGGCUGAUAAUAUUAUAAAGCAGGCCUCACUUAGAGAAAAAGAAUUAGAUUACUGCCAUGAUAAUCUGCUCAAAGAAAUUACAAUGUUUCGCAAAGAGAUAAAUGAUCGCCUAGAUCAGCUACAAAAGCAAAUCAAGACAACAGCUGACAAAAAGAUCUCCAUAGAUAAAAUAACGGUAAAGAAGGUGCUUGAAACGUGUUCAACUACUUCUUCGGAUAUCAAACAAUUACAGUCAAGACUACAAGAUUACAAAGCCUCACAGCAGAAUGGACAACUUUACAUUACAAUGAAACAAGCUAAAUCCAAAUGUAAGACAGACGAAUUAAAGGAGGCAGACAUAUGUUUAGAAAAGACAAACAUGCAAUACAUAUUUGAGCAAAACCAAGACCUGAGAAACAUGCUUUCAAGACAAAAUGCAUUUGGACAGCUCACUCACUCUUCUUCCGUGGUAGCUUCAAAGAGGAUGAAACCAAUUAACAAAUUAACCCACAAAGAAAACAUCAAUAUGAAUACAAAAUCAGAUCCGAUAUUUGGCUGCUUGAUCGCAGGAUGUGUUAUUCUGUCCUCUAACAAAGUUGUGGCUGCUGACUUUCUUAAUGAGAAACUGAAAGUUGUUGACAUGAAAAAUAAAGCUGUAAUAGAAGAGACAACACUUUCUUCAAAACCAUGGGACAUUGCAGUAGUACCGCAAGACCAUAUUGCUGUGACAUUGCCAGACAAGAAAGAGAUCCUUAUACUGACAACAGCUGGUAAACUGUCAAGUGUCCGCAAAUUUCCAGUUAAAGGAGAAUGUAGAGGUAUAGCUUAUCAUAAAGGUCAUCUCUAUAUAGUUUGCAGUGAUUCGAAGUGUGUAUUUAUUAUAGAUAUACAAGGUAACGUCCAGAACACAAUUUUACUAGAUAAUAAGAGAUUUGAUAACCCACACUACUUACUGCUAAGUAAGGAUCUGAGACAUAUCUUCAUCAGUGACGAGGGUAGCAACAGUAUCGUCAGUAUAACAUUGCAAGGUGAUAUAUCUGCGGAAUACAAAAAGAAAGAUUUUAAAAAGCCACGGGGAAUGAUGAUGCUAGACGAUGGAUCCUUGUUUGUGUGUCCCGGUUUGGGAAAUCACAGCAUACGUCGUAUCUCGAGUGAUCUGAAGCAAUGCCACACAAUGAUAGAUAAUUUGUCGUCCCCGCAGUCUAUGUGCUAUAAUCGUGAUCAACAUGAGGUCUAUGUCGGAUGUUGUUCUAAUCGGAUGAAUGUGUUGAGUGCAAAAUAA